AUGUGCAACACAAUUUUUUUCCCGUCUAGACAAUUGACCCAAAUACUUGCUCACAAAAAAAUUCUUCUCUCCAACAAAGUCUGUAGGAAACUUAAUGGAAUCAAACUCCAACUAGAUUGCGUCAUUGGCCUAGUCCCUAAAGCCAUCAAGCUGGAAAUAUUCCAAAAUUUGUUGGGAGCUCUUGGUGAUCUUCAAGACACGUUGGCUGGAAUUUUGAAAAAUUUCAAACAAGAAAACAAUGAAUCAGUGCUUGUUGAAGGGAUGAUAAAAUGGGCAGCAAACACAGGAACGGUUAUUUCUUUUCUCACAGAGACAAUCCUUAAUUUACCUGGAUAUAGAAUUGAGGAAGAGCAAUUGGGUCCGAUCGAUGGUCUUCUGAAUCGCUCCAUUGACGUCUACUCUCCAAAAUUAUUCUUCAAUUUUGCACGAGUCAUAGGAAAAACAGAAGAGACAAUCGACUAUAAGGAGGAAAUUGAAGACCACCACCGUCAUCUGGGAAUCUUGAUUGACGAGAUUAGGAGUAUGACCGAGUAUAAAUGA